AUGUUCAAACCCUCACAGCCAAUGAUGGCGCGCCUGCGCCUGACCACCAAGCAGGUCAAUGGCGGCUACUACAAGGGUACCCGGACAGGCUCAAUGGGUUACUUCGACCCCAAGGGCAACUACGUGAUCGACUGGAAGAAAGUCCGCACCUACGUCGUCCCCGAAGACCUGGACACAUUCAAGCUCACUCCUUUUGUCUCUAAACGCAUGGCCCCGACACCUUCCGCCUACAAGAAGCGGGUUGAACGGAACGGACGGAUGAAUACAGUGAUUGAUGGCUUGAAGGGCCAAGAUUUCCUGGACCAGUGGUACUCAAGCAAUCCCGAUGAGGUUUUGUCCCGCGAAACGGCCGAGCAGGAGGCCGUGGAUGAGUUGAAGACCUCCAAACAAUAA